GUCACGUGUCGCGUCGGCUCCUGUAAACGUCUCUCGCGGCGCUGCUCAGACACAGUUGACUGGGAAUGAAGUGUCCAGCUGCACUAGCUGCAGUAAGUGGAUUUACAGGCCAAAGAAGACGAGCUGUGUAGCGGUGAAGACUGGAGAUCCUGUGGAGUGUUGCCUUGAGGAAGCCAGUGCUUCGACGUAAACGAACACAGGAGUGAGCCGCAUUUGCCAAAUUCCCUCCUGCUGAGCUCUUGGUGGCAGCCAGGAUGAUUCUGGCGACAUUAAAGGCCAUCGGGAAGCAGCUCCUGCGGGUGAAAGUCGUCGACGGCAACGCCGAGGACUCCCGCUUGUCUCGGUGUCUCAACACGUUUGACCUCGUGGCCCUGGGGGUGGGCAGCACGCUGGGCGCCGGGGUCUACGUCCUUGCUGGCGCCGUAGCCCGGGACAGCGCUGGACCCGCCAUCGUCCUCUCCUUCCUCAUCGCCGCCUUCGCCUCGGUCCUGGCCGGUCUGUGCUACGCCGAGUUCGGCGCCCGCGUCCCCAAAACGGGCUCGGCUUACCUCUACAGCUAUGUGACUGUCGGGGAGCUGUGGGCCUUUAUCACAGGCUGGAACCUCAUCCUGUCUUAUGUCAUCGGGACUUCGAGUGUGGCCCGGGCGUGGAGCGCGACCUUUGACGAGCUCAUCGGAGGGCACAUUGAGGUGUUCUGCAGGCGUUACAUGACCAUGAGCGCCCCAGGCAUCCUGGCAGAGUAUCCAGACAUGUUUGCCGUCUUGAUAAUAAUCUGUCUGACAGGACUGCUUGUAUUUGGAGUGAAGGAGUCGGCUUGGGUUAAUAAAGUGUUCACCUGCAUCAAUGUGCUGGUGCUGCUGUUUAUGAUCAUCUCCGGCCUGGUCAAAGGAAACCUUAAAAACUGGAACUUGAAACCUGAGGAAAUCCUCAAUGCCACCAGCAACUCCAGCCUCAAUAUGUCUGGUGCCACACUAUCAAAAGAGAGAAUCGGUGAAGGCGGCUUCAUGCCCUUUGGUAUUAGUGGCGUCCUCUCUGGCGCCGCCACCUGUUUCUAUGCGUUCAUCGGCUUUGACUGCAUUGCCACUACAGGAGAAGAAGUGAAGAAUCCUCAGAGGGCCAUUCCCAUCGGGAUCGUGGCCUCGCUCCUCAUUUGCUUAGUGGCGUACUUCGGUGUGUCCGCGGCCCUCACUCUGAUGAUGCCUUACUACUUGCUGGAUAAGAACAGCCCUCUACCAGUGGCGUUCACGCAUGUGGGCUGGGAGGAAGCCACUUAUGCAGUCGCUGUUGGAUCUUUAUGUGCCUUGUCGACCAGUUUACUCGGCUCCAUGUUCCCAAUGCCCAGAGUGAUCUGGGCCAUGGCAGAAGAUGGCUUGCUCUUCAAAUGUUUGGCCAAAAUCAGCCCACGAACCAAAACCCCUCUAACAGCUACAGUAACAUCUGGUGCGGUGGCAGCUCUGAUGGCUUUCCUGUUUGACCUGAAGGAUCUGGUUGACCUCAUGUCCAUCGGCACUUUGUUGGCCUAUUCUUUGGUGGCUGCAUGUGUGCUGGUCCUCAGGUACCAGCCCGAACAGCCCAGUGUGGCCUAUGAGAUGGCUAACACCCAGGACGAGGCCGAGCCUGACCAUGAGGGGACCAUCAACAUACUACCACAACCAGACGAUCGCUUCACCAUCAGGAAUUUACUUUGGCCUUCAAACACAGAGCCUUCCCCCCUGUCCGGGUUUUGGGUCAACAUUUGCACCAGCGUGAUCGGUGUUUUGGUGUGUGUCUUCAGCGUCGUGGCUGUCCAAGGGCGUCUGGCCGUGUGGUCGGUGGCUGUCCUCUGUAUUGUCGGGGCGGCCGGUUUGAUCGUCACCUUCGUUGUGUGGAGACAGCCGCAGAGCAAGACCAAGCUGGCCUUCAAGGUUCCCCUGCUGCCCUUUGUCCCGAUCCUCAGUAUGUUCAUCAACAUCUAUCUGAUGAUGCAGUUAGACAAAGGAACCUGGUUGCGCUUUGCCAUCUGGAUGGCCUUAGGUUUCUUCAUAUACUUCGGCUAUGGUAUUCGCAACAGUACGGAAGCAGCGUUGAGCAGGUCUGACACUUACACGCCGGCCUGCACAAUAAAGGGGGAGCCCAUGGCCAAAGAGAGGGAAGCCUUUCUACACCACAAGCAAACCUCCACAGGAGACAACGAGGAAGAUUUAUGAGGAAACCAGAGUUUUAUUACAUUUUGGUUUUUUUAAGGGAAAAGGCUAAUUACAUCUCAAACCCAAUAUUUUAUCUCAGACAAAAAUAUAUAUAUUUUUAGCUGAAAAGUAGGUUAGCACUCUGAUAUAAUAAUUUGGCUGAACCCAGCUAUUCAUUUUGAACGAAAUCAACCAAAACAAAAGAUGUUUUUAGAGAGAAACUUUAUUUUGGAAUUAUUUUUCCUUUUGUUACAUUAUAUUUGACAUUGGAUUUUUACUGCUAUUUUAGCUAGAAGUCUCAACAUUAUGGUGAGUUUUUAAAAGCGUUCAGAUCAGCAGAUAUGCAUGCGUUUGGAUCAGUAUGAGUUGCUCCCCAUGUGCAUUAGGAGGUACAGUGCUGGCUACUGUGCCAAAAUCCAUUGGAGAUACAUUUUUCUCUUAAUUAUUUUUUUUUAAUCCAGGUGGUGCUCAAACACUACUACUUUCAUCCACAAGACCAGCAAAAAUAAGCAAAGAACAAAUAAUGCUUUUUGAACUAAGCUGGGUAUUUCUCAGUAUCUUGAUUGGCUUUUUUUGUUGAAAGUUUACCUUGAUGGUAAAACUUGUACGUCAACAUUUUGACUCCAGAAAGAAUGUGAUAUAUGAUGUAUAGAAAGCACCUACCUGUGUUAAAUAUUGUUUGUAUUACACUUACUUCAUCUCAGAUCUCUGAAUAACUUGGUACAGUACUGUGAUUAGUACAUCUCAGGGGUACAGCCUUUGUCUUCUACAGUUACAGGAUGUUUUCGGUACAUCAAGACUAACUAGAGCAGUGUUGUCUCCACCUGGGAAUGUCUAUUUUUUAUUUUUUUUAAACUAGCCGAAGAGAUAAUACUAAUAUGGAAUGAUUUAUUAAAUACAACCAAUGAUGUCUUUUAAGUGCCUAUUUUCCAAGUUAAUGUUACGUCUUUGAGAGGUGGGAUAUUGCUCUAUCAAUACCUAGAAUUUUGAAACUCAUAUAUUACCUGUCUAUAUUUUGAUGUCUGAAGCGUAUAUAUAUUUUUUUUAAUCUGUCAAAACAUUGUUUCAAUUCAUUGACAGUUGUUUUAGAUUCCUUAUUCUGGCACAAGUGGCUUUUAUUAAAUUCUUGAAUCAGUGGGACAUUAUCUAAUAAACAUUUCGGUGCACCAUUAUCUGACUUUCUGUCCGUAGUCUAUUCUUACAAGCAUUACUUAAAGUAAAUAGUGACAACCUGUACCAGUGCAGCUGUUCACACUAUGUAGAUCACAUAUGUGAUUGAAUGCACAGAAGUCAUUUAUUUAGUGAGACUCCUCUCCCUUUGAGUUUGAUGGUUCACAGGAGGCUUCAUCUGAAUAAAUCACAAAUGUGUUUUUAUACAUUUCCAUGCUGCACUAUUUAAAAACCUAAUGAUGCUUGAAAAAGUGACUUUGAUUGUAUAGUGCUGCUAGGUUUUAAAGGUGCACUGGAGUGGUGAAGCUUGUGCAGCAAGUGUUGUCUUGAUGUUGGUUGCGGUUUGUAUAUUUACUCCUGUAAAUAAUUUGAAUUAAUUUUCAAUAAAAUUUGAAA